CUUCUGGUCUUUGUUAAAAAUUCCGGGAACUUGCUGGUGGGCUUCUUGGGAGUUGUUCUCCCUAUUUCUGAUACUACACUUUCUUUCUUGUUCUGGCCGAUUGAAGGUUGUUGCUGCCAAGAAAUCUAACAUGGGAGAAGUGCUUAUUUCAGGAGUUGUCCGAAAACUUGCUGAGAUAGCAGGUAAUCUAUUAGCAAAAACUUGCUCCCGCUUGUUUGAGUUGGAAGAAAACAUUAAUUGGGUUCGAGCUGAGAUGAGCAGUAUUCGAUCUUUCUUGGAAAAAGCUGAUGCAGUAGAGUCAGAAAGCGGAGGAUUGGACGAUAUCAGGAGCAUUUGGGAAUCUUCUUUAUGAUUUGGAGGAUAUCAUGGAAGAGUACUUCCCUAACCUAUCACCACUUACAAGGACUGACUGGAAGGGUUGGUUUUCGUUUCCGAAUGCCAAAGCUGCCCAUGACUUUGCGGUGGAGAUUGAAGAAAUAAAACGAAGGUCGGUGGAUAUCAAUCGCAGGAGACAGACUUAUCAAGUCCCAGAUGCAAGUGGCCCUGCUGGAAGAGAGGUAUGGGAUCCAAGAAUAACUUUUCCUCACACUGACGAAGUAAAUGUUGUUGGUAUGGACGAACACAUUAAGCAAUUGGUGGCCAAAGUGACGGAUCAAGAUUCAAAGCAUCGUGUGAUCUCAAUUACAGGCAUGGCCGGUCUAGGCAAGACAACACUGGCCAGAAAAGUUUAUAAUUCUGUUCGACAAAGUUUUAAGUGUUCAGCUUGGAUUUAUGUCUCUCGACAACCAAACCCAAAUGAACUUUUACAUGAUAUAGCAAGGCAAGUUGGCUUGACGGAGGAGCGCAACAACAACUUUGUGGGUAAAUUGUUCCAUCUUUUAAGCAAAAACAGGUAUGUGAUAGUAAUUGAUGAUAUAUGGAAGAUUGAACCAUGGAACGCUUUAAAAAAAGGCAUUCCUGUUAAUUACAUGAAUGGCAGUAGAAUAAUCAUCACUUCCCGAUACAACGAGAUAGGUAGACAAAUUGGUGGGUCUUUACAUGAAUUAAAACCCUUAGACGAAGAAAAGAGUAGAGAGCUAUUCUUCAAAUUGGUUAUGGCUGCCCCGCAAGACAAUGAUGAAGAUAGUGAUCCCUCACAAUUGGAAGGCAUUGGUGAGAGAAUACUACAGAGAUGUGGCGGUGUGCCGCUUGCGAUAGAAGUUAUAGCAGGCCUGUUGUCAUCAAAAGAGAGAAACAUGCAUGCAUGGGAUGGGGUAUUAGAGAAUAUAGGUGGAGAUGAAGACCAAUGCUCAAAGAUCUUUGCUUUGAGCUACAAAGAUUUACCUUCGAUGUUGAAACCAUGUUUUUUGUACUUCGGUUUAUUUCCAGAGGAUCACGAAAUUUUAACGUUCAAACUAAUCAAUUUAUGGGCAGCUGAAGGAUUCAUACAUGGCAGUGGAAAAAGGGCGGUUGAGGAUGUGGGGCAAGAUUACCUAAAUCAGUUAGUUAGUAGAAACCUAAUUCAAGUUGUCAAGAGGAAGUUCAACGGGACAGUUGGAUGUUGUCGUAUUCACGAUAUCUUGCUUGACCUUUGCAUUAAGAAUGCUAGGGAGAUGAACUUUUUUAACACUCUCAAUGAUGUAGCCACUAGUGUAGAUUGCCUUGCACCACGCAGAGUCACUGCCUAUCAAAGUGAAGUUGGCAACUAUGUAUCACCAAAUUAUCAAACUCCAAAGCUUCGGGCCUUGUUAUGUUUCGAUGAUAAGCAGCAGGUUUACCUUCGUCUUAAAAACUUCAAAUUUCUUCGGGUGCUAAUUAUAAUGUGCUUCCCUUGGCUGGGGGCUCCUAUAAAUGAAAUUGUGAAGUUAAAACACCUGUAUCACCUUGAAUUGGGAGGGGGUGAGGUGGAGCUUCCCUACGCCAUAAGCAAUUUGGAAAAUUUGCUGACCUUGGAUCUACAUAAAUGCCUCGAACUCGUCCUCCCUGAUGUCAUCUGGAAAAUGAAGCAACUAAGACAUAUUAUAUUACCUGUUCAAUGUUGGGCUCCUUCAGUCCGUGGGAUCAACUUGGAUAGCCACAGGUCCCUUCCAUCUGAAGUUUCCUUACCAAACUUGCAGACCCUCUAUGGAUUGCCUGUCAAACUUUUUGAGGCCAAUUGGUUGCACAAACUUUAUAGUUUGAGAACACUGAAAGUCUCUUUUACAACUGAGGAGCAUAUCAUUGAGGUACUAUCAGGUGCAACCCCCCUGUCACAGAGGCUAGAAGAAUUGCAUUUAGUAUCGGUAAAAUAUUCAAAUUAUUCUAUAACUUGGGGAUCAUUUACCAAAUUUAGGUCAACAUUGGAUCUGUCUAAUUAUGAAAAACUUGGUAAGUUAUGCAUGCGAUGGGUACAUAUGGCAAAUUUUCCACAGCCUGAUAAACUGCCAACAUGCCUCACAGUGCUUAUCCUUGAGGGCACUGGGAUGGAAAUGGACCCAAUGUUGACUUUGAAGAACCUACCUAAACUUAAGAUCCUUAUACUUGGAUGGGAUUCGUACUCUGGGGAGAAUAUGGUAUGCUCCGGAGAAGCUGACAGCUUUCCUCAACUCAAAGUAUUGAAAAUUUAUUCAAAGUGUCUGAAGGAGUUUAAAGUUGAGGAAGAAGCAAUGCCCAAACUCAAGGACGUUACCCUCUUCACUCACUACACGCUGAUAAUGAAUGUUCCAGAUAGAAUCAGAAAUAUAAUCAAGAUUAUCGAUGACAUAAGAGAUGGCUUAUGGUAUCCAGAUGAGAUAAUUGAUUCUCCAGAUAGUCCGUGACUUCAUCGUGGAAGGUUAAAGCAUGGGCUCUUGAUCUUCAGAUUGCUUGCUCCUCAAUCUAUUCUUGUGAUAUGAUGCCUUUGGUUGAUUGAUUCUCUUGAGAAGGAAUGGCAUCUGCUUUAUGAUUUGAUAUUUUGGUUGCUUAAUUACCUUUAUCUUUUGUCUGAAUUUGUCACUGACUUUGAUAAAUGUUGAAUAAAUUUACAUAUACUGGUAUCUUUGAACUCGCCAGUGGUCAAUCUAUAACUGUAAUUUUGAAAAUUACAGUUGAAUAAAUUUAAGCCAUGUUAUUGUUUUGAAAAUUAGUGGGUGUAAAUGU